AGCUGCUAUAUUCUGCUGCUCCUUGGUGCAGAAAUCUGCAGACAUCGCCAUGAGAGGACUCGCAACAUGCGCAGUUUUGGCGAUGGUCGGCGGCAUGCCCGCGGAAGACCUCACGGCUGAAUUCCGGGCAAGUCUCGAGGCGUUGCGAAGCCAAGUUGCUGAGAAUCGUGCAACCAUCGAAGGACAAGUGGCACGCCUUGCGGAGCUCGAAAGCACGCGAAGGCUGCAAACCAGCGUGGAUGCGGCAACCUACGCCACAACCCUCGCUUCCUUGCAAGCGACUGACUACGGUUUCACGGGAGCUUUGGACUCCCUGUGGCUUUGCCUCUGCGGCGCCCUGGUGAUGUUCAUGCACGCCGGCUUCGCGAUGCUGGAGACGGGCAGCUGCCGCGCGAAGAACGCAUCGAACGUGCUCAUGAAGAACUUGGUCAAUGUGUGUGUGGGCACCAUCGGCUGGUGGGUCAUGGGCUGGGCUUUGGCCUACGGCGACGGCAACGGAACUGAUCUCUUUGGCACCACCGGGUUCUUUGGCAACGGCUUUUACACGAAGGAUGCGACCACAGGAGUUAUCACACCGGUCUCCUGUACUUCGGAUGGCUGCCAGAGCACAAUGCUGAGCUGGUUUUUCCAGUGGGCGUUCUGCACUGCCGGCGCUACCAUUGUAAGCGGAGGCGUGGCCGAGCGCGUCAAAGGCCCCACCUAUGCCGCCUAUGCCUUUGUGAUGACCAGCUUGAUCUACCCUGUCAUCGUGCACUGGAGCUGGGGCAGUGGCUGGCUAUCCACCCUCUUCGAUGUGGGCUACAUGGACUUCGCGGGCAGCGGCGUGGUGCACCUCACGGGCGGGGUCUCGGCGCUGGCGGGCACGGUGGUACUGGGGCCUCGCAAGGGCCGCUUCGUGAAUCCCGAGGAAUUCGAAGCUCACAACUUGCCGCUGGUGGUCUUCGGAACCUUUGCGCUGUGGUUCGGCUGGUACGGCUUCAACCCCGGCUCCACCUUGGGCAUGAAAAGCGGCAGCGACGGCGCCCUCGCAGCGCAAGUGGCGAUGAACACCACCCUGGCAGCGGCCACUGGAGGCAUCACGGUGUUUGUCCUGCGCUUCGCCGUUCUUCGGAAGUACGAUGUGGGAGGUCUGUGUAACGGCAUCUUGGCCGGCCUUGUGUCCAUCACCGCGGGCUGCGGCAACAUGGAGUCCGGCAGCGCCUUUGCCACGGGCCUCAUCGGUGCCAUCGUCUACCAGUCCGCGUCCAUGCUUCUGCAAAAGCUGAAGAUCGACGACCCUGUGGACGCCAGCCCUGUACACGGCUUCUGCGGUAUUUGGGGAGUCCUCGCGACGACCUUGUUCGACUGGGGCAAGGGCUUCGAUCACUACCAUGGCUGGUCUGGCUGGGAUUGCUCCUUGGACGACUGGUCAUUGCCAUG